AAUUUCCAUAUCUAUUUCCCCCACAAGGAAACUGCACUGUAAGAAGCCUUCAAGCUCCCAAUAAUUCUCUCCUCUUGAAUAUUUCUCCACCUCCCUUUAUCAAAUAAAUAUAUACAGCUUCCUACACACACCCAUAUAUUAUAUAUAGACACCCUCCAAGUCCAAUAUAUAUAAGAUCUUAAUAUAUAUAACAUACAUAUAUAUAUAUAUAUAUAUUGUAUAUGUAUAUGUCACCAUGUUGAAGCAGCACAGCCACCAGCCACUGAUGAAGAUGGAGAUCACAGUGCUAUCAGCCCAAGGUCUGAAGACCUCAUCUCCCUCUCUCUUCUCCAACAAAAUCAGACCCUUCGUCACCAUCACCACUCUCCCGUCCACUAUUGCUCAGCCAUGCACACCCAAAACCAACGGUGAUCGCACCCUCCACGUGUACAAAACAAGGGUGGAUGAUCAAGGAGGCGUCAGCCCUACAUGGGGUGACAAAUUUCAUGUCCCUAUUGAUACAACUUUCUUCAACAACAGGUAUUCUUGCAUAUAUCUCCAGCUCUUCACCAAGAGGCUCAUAAUGGGCCGGGUUGAGCUGGGUUGGUGCCAAAUCCCGGUCAAUGAUAUUGGGUUCCCGCCGGCCAGUUCGGCACGGUUCUUGAGUUACCGGCUACGGGCUAGGGACGGUUCCAGGACUAAUGGGAUUGUGAACCUUUCUGUGAAGUUGGAGAAUUUGGGUCCGGUCACCGAUCACCGGCCUUUAAACUCAACGACUGUACCGGAUUUUGGUAUGUGUGGCAGUCAUUGGUACGCCGGUCACAACCCUACUGCCACCAUUGGGUGAGUGCUCUGUGAGUCGUCAAGGUCGGAGAGGUCACAUGGGUUUUGGUUGUAAAGAGGCAGAUGGCUGGGACCAUGUCAAUAAUUUGCACUAAAACCACACACUUGGAUGAACCCAACACGUCUUUACUUUGGUCCCGUUUAGUCGCGGAUUAAGUUUUUUGGGAAUGUAACUUUUAUGUCUACUUUCUCUGGAGAUGAGAUGAGAAAUUAUUAUUACCUUGUUUGGAAACAACGAAAAAUAUGAUGAGCUUAAUUUAUUUAUAAGUUUAUGUAAGAUCUUUAUUUAUUUUUUACUAACAACGAGAAAUGAAGAUUUGAACUUGGAUUA